AUGUUUUAUGCACAUUUUGUGCUGGCCAAAAAGGGCCCACUGGCCAAAAUUUGGCUGGCAGCCCAUUGGGAUAAGAAGUUGACCAAGGCUCAUGUAUUUGAAACUAACAUAGAGAAGUCUGUUGAUGGAAUUCUAAAGCCCAAAGUUAAGAUGGCUCUUCGGACAUCAGGCCAUCUGUUACUUGGUGUUGUUAGAAUAUACUCUAGAAAAGCAAAGUACCUAUUGCAAGACUGUAAUGAAGCUUUUGUUAAGAUCAAAAUGGCCUUUAGGCCUGGUAUGGUAGACUUGCCUGAGGAACAUCGAGAAGCGGCUAUGAAUGCUAUUACAUUACCCGAGGUGUUUCAUGAUUUUGAUACAGCGAUGCCAGAACUUAAUGAAGUAGACAUUGAAGCUCAAUUCUCCCUAAAUCAAUCACGGGCAGAAGAGAUUACAAUGAGAGAGGAUUAUGGGUCCUUAAACCUGGUCACUCAUGAUGAUGGUUUUGGUGAUAUGGGUUUUGAUACAGAAAAUCCAGAUAUAAUGAGAGAUGCCAUUGGAAAUGAGGGUGGAUUGGAACAAAGCAACCUGUUAUUUGCGGAAGGAUCAUCUCUUGAAUUAGGGAAGGAUGGACAAAAUGCAGGGGUAGGUGGAGCUGCUCCAGUCCUGGCCGAAUCUCAUGCACCGAGGAUGGAAGCUGCUCCCAACACCCACAUGGAUGAUGGCUUUGGCGGUUCUAUACCAGAUGUUGGAGAUUUUGGACACGCUGGCGGUUUGUUUGAGGGUGAUCUAUUCGGUGACGUCACAGCAAGUAGUUCAGGCGCCGGCGCCACACCCGGAAUGGCUGGGACUUCUGCCCAGCCGCAAUCUUUGCAGGUUAGUCAACAUUGA